AUGGUAAAUCCUGUAAUGGCCGGGUCAUGUGAAGACGAAGACCUGGAUCGACAAAGACAAAAGUCCUGUGACGGCAAGGCUCUGUGCUGGUUGGCAGAUUUUUUGUCUGCUUUUGGUCUGACGAGAACAUCAGACGAGGAUCUUUGCAGUCAGUUCAAUUAUCUCUGGAGCUCUCUGCUCGUCACUGCUAUGGGUCUUUUUAUCACGCUAAUCCAGUACACGGGUAAUCCCAUUGAAUGCUGGUGUCCAGCUGAACUGCCCGAGGUCCAGUGCAACUACACCAAAGCUCUGUGCUGGGUCAAACAGAACUAUUACGUGCACGAGGACCAAGACGUCAACCAGGUCCCAGAUGAGCGCUACAGCAUGACCAUCGCCUACUACCCCUGGGUCCCGUGGAUCCUCUUCUUUGUGGCCGCCAUCAUGAAACUCCCACACUACGUCUGGCACUCGUUUGCGCAUUCUUCCGGUCUGAACCUCAUCCGGCUCAUUGAUCUGGCCAACGGCCUCGAGGAAACUGAAAGUUUAGCCAAAAUCGUCCAGUUGUGGCUGGUUCGGAACUCCGAACCUCCAAGAAGCACGAUACUGAGUAAAGUCAAACACUACUUAGGCAGCGCGGGGUGUUUUUGGUUUGGCAAGAAACAUAAAACUUAUCUGGCCGGAUUGAUUCUGUUCACUAAGUUGACUUACUUGUUGGUAUCUAUUGGCGUACAUAUGAGCCUCAAUUUUUUCAUUGAGGAAGAUUUCCUAUGGUACGGUUAUGAGGUAUUUGAAAGUUAUAUAAAGGGGAUCCCGCAAAUUUCAGCGCGAUUUCCCGUUCAGACCCUUUGCGAUAUGGAAAUACGGCUGGCUACUGGUAUAAACCGGUACAGUAUUCAAUGUAUUUUACCUAUAAAUAGGUACAGUGAGAAGAUAUUUAUAUUUCUGUGGUUUUGGCUGCUAAUGCAGAUUAUUGUCAACGCAUGGAGUCUUUUUAAAUGGGGACUUCGGUUACUUUCCCCAACUGAUAGACGGCGGUUCGUACAAAUUUACGUUGAGAUUACUCUACAUUUGCAACAACAGCGGAAAACACGCAUGGUGAAACGUUUGGGGCAUGAUGGAAUUGUUGUGUUCCGAACAUUGGAAGACGCUGUAGGGAUUGUAAUGGCCAACCAGAUCUUUCAAGCUCUCUACGAACAGCUGACUAGCACUCUACACUACUCAUAG